AUGUUCCUGAGUGUCGAGAUGUGUAAGGACUACAAAUCCUUGACACCGAUCUCGAGAGCUCUUCUGGAGAAGGCGAGCCUGGAGAUGCAAGACCGUGUUAACGCCGCCGAGGAACGUCUGGUUGGGUUCGAGUACGACGAUAUGUGGACGCACUAUGGAGAAGCUGGCCAGGCGAGGGGUGCAGCUGAGAGACUCAGAGAAAUGCUGUACUGCCACUAUCAGCAAGUAUAUGGAUCCUGGCCACCUUCACCCCUGGCAAGAUCCAGAAACCAGUCUGUCACAUCGGAGACCAGCGCUGAAGAAGACACAUGGCUCACACGCUCGUUGGUGAAGGCGUUGCAGAAGGAUUUCGGCGCGCUGUACGAUUUCCUCGUAAAUCGGGACAUCAUCUGGGACGUCUCAGAGGCGCGAUCGGGACGGAAGUGGAUGAUGGUACCGGAGAACCGCAGCAGCAUGUUUGAAGCAGACACUGAUGAAGUGCCCAUGACGGACAUGUUGAUCGAGUUUGACAACAAGCAUCGGUUCCCACAUAUCCCACACCCGUACCCCUUGCUCCCCGAAUCGAUAUCGCCUUUGGAAAUGCCAUCACGAAGUAAGAGGUCAGAGACCCCCAGCGGAGGCCGCAUGGGAGCACUGGAGAGAAGAGUGCAGCUUGCUUACACAGAGAGCACAAACAUCUUCAAGCUGGGAAGCGAGUUUGCUGCCAACAAGCUUGUCGAGGCGUUCCAACGGUUUGAGAAGAGUGGUCGGGCUGAUGAUGUCGACCCUGCGAGAGCACGACGAGGUCGAUGGGUGCUUAUCUAUGGAAUCUUGCAGACGCUGGCGUCCGUCUCUGUGGAUGACGAGAUGGUGGUACACACUGAUCGGGUCGAGUACCAUCUGAGUCCAAGGCUGUCGGGAGCAAAGAUACCACCAUGGAAGGGCGGAGAGGGUGAUAGAAUUGGACAAGGAUCGCACGAGAGGUCGUACUGCUGGGUUGCGGACGAGAAAUGGGAGACAGAUGAGGAUGAUGAACCGAGGGAGGUGCGGGGAUGGAGAGGAACCGGGACAGCGGGGGAUGCGAGUCCGGUGCUGGGUGGGUCUCUUAGCCCGGGGCCCGGAACACCGUGGAGGAGAAGCCCGGACAGGCGAGGAGGAAGAGAAGACAGGUAAAUCAGUAAUGCAGUGGUCCACGAAUAGGCACAAUGUCUGCAUCCAUGUGGUGGACAUUGAAUUAAUCACCCCACUAUUAAUUGAUA